AUGGUUCCAGCCGCUCCCGGUUGCAGCGACCGGCCAAUCCUGCUGAUAGGCGCUUCUGCCUGCCGGUUGCACGGCGAGAGCUGGGACCAACUCCGAUUCGGCUCCCAAGGCACAGUCGAGACGGGGCGUUGGACCCUGGUCCACCAACUCCUCAGUGAUCCCUCUCAACGCAUCCGCCCUUUAGACUCCGGGUUAGAUCUCAUCAUGAGCCCCGGCAACGGGCCGCCGGCAGGCGUGGGUUUGUUGUCUGCCGGUUCCGACUUGGACGGCAAUCGGGACCUCGAGGUAUUUAGUAUACCAUUAUGGAGUACCUUUAGUUCUUCCGUCAUCUCAGUCGUCAACCAGUCGCCUACACAGCAGUUAAAUGCUAUCGAUCCUACCUACCGCGGUAUUCCAGAGCAGGGCAGGUGGAUGCACCUGCAGUUCAGUUUUGCCAGCAGUGACCGGUGGGAAACGGUCCAGAACAAGAGUCGCGAGAUGCGGAUCGCCCGUAAAUCGUGGAGCGUGUGCGCUAGUUAG